UCCUUCUCUCUCUAUCUCACUGUCAUGAUAUUUCAACCCCAUCAAGAAAGACUCACGUCGCCACCUGCUCUUUGUCUGUUUACUCUUUGUUUCAACGAUUCCUUUGAGAGAAGAAAUGUUGGGUAACUGUGAGAAGAUGGUUGUCAUCCCUUCAACUACUAACGAAUGGCCACAGAAUCAGAUAGAUGAGAAAAGCUUGAUGGCAUCCACAAGUAGGCUUAUGGAGAAACCAGGCCAAGACCAACCUCCACAACAACCUCUCAAGUGUCCUCGCUGUGAUUCUUCAAACACCAAGUUCUGUUACUACAACAACUACAGCCUUUCACAGCCGAGACACUUUUGCAAAGCCUGCAAGCGUUACUGGACAAGAGGUGGAACUCUGAGAAAUGUACCUGUAGGUGGUGGUUGCAGGAAAAACAAGCGUGUGAAGAGGCCUUCUUCCAUUGAUGGAGCUUCUUCAACUCCUAGUGCAGCAAACCCUAACCCUCCUACACAAACCCAGAUUGAUAUUUCUUCAACCUCAAAUCAUAUCCAUUCUUUGUUUUACGGUUUACCCACAAACCCAUCUGAAAUGAACCUUCCAUUUUCUAGGUUUAAUUCAAGAGUUUCAAGUGUAGACACUGUUUCUGGCUAUGAUCUACAGCCUCAGUUGAAUGCUCUUGGAUUAGGGUUUUCCUCUGGACUCAUGUCUAGUGAUGCUUCUGAUAGUACUAAUAAUUAUCGAAAUGGAUUUAACCCAACUAAGCAAAUCCAAGAUGUAGUUACUUCAACUUCUCUUCUGUCAAGUAACUAUUCCACUUUCGGUUCCUCACCUUCUGUCACCACCACUUCUCCGACUAUGGCUUCUUUGCUUGCUUCUAGUCUUCACCAACAAAAGUACAUCAACGGUGGAGUAAAAAGCUCUCAACCACACAACCAUUUCAACUCCAUAACAUCCUUAGAAGACCUGCAAAUGACUGCCAAUGGUGGAGCCAGGAUAUCAAUGAAAGAAGUGAAAGCGGAAGAGGGCCAAAACAGGAUGGAUUGGAAUGUAGCAUGCCAGAAUCAGAUGGAGCCAAUCGGGUUAUCAGAUCCUUCUUUAUACUGGAAUGCAACUUCUGUCGGUGCUUGGCACGAUCCAUCAAAUAAUAUCGGGUCCUCUGUCACCUCUCUGAUCUAGCAAAUCUAAACGUCAUUUCCUUUCAAUUUGCCUCCCUCUUUUACCUAGUCAUAUCUUGGUAUUUUCAGUAGCUUAGGCUUGGCUCAUUACUUCUGAUUUCCGAAAAAAAUCCAAAAAAAAAAAAAAAAAAAAUCCCCAAAAACCAAAAAAAAAAAAAAAGGGUAAAAAGCAUGGUAGUAGUGAAGCAUAAUAUAAGAUGGAAGGAGCUUGGAUCGGAGAGAUCAUGUCAGCAGCAAAAAAUCAGCCUAUUAGUUUUAUUAUCAAGGUUGAGAAUCAGUAAUUGCGCUGAGAGGAACCUCGGAUCCUCUUCAUUUCAUCUCACAAGGUGUCGUUGUCGCCAUCAUCAUUAUCUAUCUACAGUGUUGAAGAGAUAAAAGGCUUGCUCCUUGGUGCAACUUUUUAGUUCAGUAAGUCGAUCGGUCUUACUUUGUAUGUACAUAAGUAUGACAUGGUUUUUUCUUUGUAAUGUAUUUGUUAUUAGAUUGGGAUUGGGGGGUUUACUGGAGGUAUAUGUUGCAGUCCUCAAUGAGGAUCGCAUUCGAAACUAAUUAAUUUUAUAUUCUACUUUUUUUUUCUUUU